UACACUAAACACCUCGAGGAAACUCGAAAGAAGAGCUUGCGCAUUCUCGGCACAUUUCACUCAAAAAUAAACUGAACUUGGUCUAGCAAGAGUCAUAAGUCAGUCUGUGUUCAGUUUUUGUCAUGACAUCGCCAAUACUGAAGACGACAACGUUACUGUGUCUGGUAGAGUGACGACGAAAAAUGUUUCAAACUAAGAACUGGGCAUUGUACGGUUUAGUGAUUGGGUUAUCGUUGUUUCACGUCUAUUGCAAACCCCGUGAAUUAUCUGCCAGUUCAAAAUGCCAUAAUUCUGACUCUCCAGGAAAAUGUAUCCCUAUCACAAACUGCGCCUCAGCGCUAGAAACAAUAAAAAAACAACGUACCCAUGGGUUGCAACGUUGCGGUUUCGAAGGAAUUGUGGAAAUAGUGUGCUGCCCCGAUUCAGAAAUGGGACUCGGUCACAACGAUGACGACCAAAAAAAAACUUCAAUUAGGGGCGGCAAUUUAAAAAGAAAGAGUCAACAGGCGUGCGAAAAAUAUGUAAAAGAGACACCAAUAGAUCUAGCCUACUACAUCGUGGAUGGAGAAAAUGCGCAACUAGGAGAAUUUCCUCACAUGGUCGCGCUUGGUUUCUUAGGCAAAGACGACAAAGUGUAUAGAUUUAGCUGCGGGGGUACUUUAAUUUCCCCUCAGUACAUAUUAACCGCAGCGCACUGUCUUAUCAAUGUUCAUGGCAACGAGCUGAAGAUAGCAAGACUGGGUGUGAUCAAUGUUCCAGAACUGGUAAAAAAUCCUGAUCCGAGGAUAGAUUACAACGUCGUCGAUAUUACCGUUCAUAAGCAAUAUAAAUGGCAAGAAAAGUUCAAUGACAUAGCUUUAGUCGAGCUUGAGAAAAAAGUUGCCUUUGGCGAUAAUAUUCGACCAGCUUGUUUGUACACAAAGAAUGAUGACCCUAAAAAAUUAGUGGUAACUGGAUGGGGAGCUGUGGGUUUAGGAGCUGAGAGAAGUAGUAUUCUCCAAAAGGCGAGUUUGCACCCUGUGCCCUUACAGGAAUGUAACAGCACAUAUCACACUAGGACUCAAAAGCACAUAAUAAGAGAUCAAAUAUGUGCUACUAGCAAUAAAAGCGAUACUUGCCAAGGAGACUCCGGAGGACCUUUACAAAUACAAAGCAUGGCUAGUAUAUCAACAGUCGUUGGAAUCACAUCAUAUGGUAUUGGUUGUGGUAGCAACUACCCUGGAGUUUACACAAGAGUUAGUGGUUAUUUAGACUGGAUUGAGAAGAUAGUUUGGCCAGGAGCCAUAUAGUACACUGCCACCUAAUUAUACAAAAAUCAACGUGCCAGUAUUUUUGAUAACUUUUCUUGAAAAUGCCAUUAUCUUUGAGAUGUUAAGUGCGUGAAUUUUAAUAAAAAAAAGAAUUAUUUUUAUAUUUAUUAUAUGAUACAAUUAUGUAUUUAUAUUUAUUUAAGUAUUUCACACUAUUUAGUAAUUAUAUAUACAUUGCCAUCAUGACAUACAUAAACAUAUAUAAAUUAUUUUACGUCUACAUUAAUAAUAAUUAUUAAUUAAGCACAGAAUUGUUAUUAAUAAUAGUAAUGUAUUCUUAAAAAUUAACUUUGAAGAAGAGCAAAAAUUUGGUGUUCGAAACCUAGGAAAAUAAACAAAAUGGAAUGUUUUUUUAGAAAUUAAUAAUUUGAAAAAUUAAAUGUGGUUUUACCAUCUUCAAGAAAAAAAAAGAGGAAGAAGCAAGGAGAUGUGGAAUAUAAUAUACUCUAAUAAAAUACAAUAAGUAAUAAGUACAUAAAUCUCAAAAAACUGUGCGUGGUUGAGAAAUGGGAUGGUAAUGGUGGUCCCCUUUUAACAUGGUUAGAAACGUAUCCUGACUAAAUCAAACUCAAUUCACCUUCGACCAGGUGUUCCUCAAGAUUCCCCCCUCGCUCCAAUCGUGUUUAUUUUGUAUAUUAAUGAGGUCGUAAAUGUUAUAAAGAAUUGCGGUGAUUUGAAAUUAUUUCGGAAAAUUUCUAAAAUAGAUGUUAAUAGAAACUCAUUCAAGAGAAUAUCAAUUCAUUCAUUAUUGUUUAGUGUGCUUUAAUUAAGUUUGAAUUAAAUAUCCUUAAACGCAAGGUCUUAAAAUUUAGCCAUAAGAUAAUGACUAGUUAUUUUUACUA